GGCUCAAACGACUCGCUGCUAAUUCUAGAGCUCCGCAAACCAAAGGAUAUGGAAGGUGGAGCUGGUGUGAGUGGCAGUGAAGACAGCACAAAGAAAGGGUUGGGUGGCACAGGUUUGGAUCUCCCACUGAAUCGCCACGGAAACUUGAAAAGUGCUUCCGGCGAUCAAAGCCUUACGAACAUUCUUCUGGAGAUUAAGUCUUCCAAAACCCCUGCAGUUAUCAACUACGGUGCAUCUUGGUGCCGUGUUUGUAGCCAGAUCCUCCCUAAAUUCUGUCAGUUGAGUAACAAUUUCCCAAAGCUUUCUUUCAUAUAUGCGGAUAUUGAUGAAUGUCCAGAAACGACUCAGCACAUCCGCUAUACACCAACGUUUCAGUUUUACCGAGACGGUGAAAAGGUAGAUGAGAUGUUUGGUGCUGGAGAAGAGCGGUUGCAUGAUCGUUUGUGGUUACACUCCUGAAGACAUUAUCUCAGGAUUAACAAAUAAUAUUGUUUAGCUGUUGAAACAAUUUGCUGUAUUUGUUAAGCUUAGCACGUGUACAUGGGUCACAAGCUAUCGCUGAAGUCCUUUCGUAAUGAAUUCUUUCUUUUCUUGUUCUGCUUCUCCCCCUCCCCCAAGCCUUCUCUUGUUCUGCUUGUAAGAGUCACAUGGUUGGCAGAACUGCCAGAACCUACCUCAUCUACUGCCACCACAGCUACCGUCAGAUGGUGCUGGCCAUCCGCGGAUUGAAUCUGGUGAAAUUGAGCGACUACAAGCUCUUGUUGGAACAACCAUUUGGGCAUGCAGAUGUUCAACGGCGGGUACGUGCACCGCGGGCUGUUGAAGCCUGCGAUUUGGUGAUUUGGGUGUGGGGCUCUGGUGCAAACUUGGAGUGGAAGAGAAAGGAGAAAGCAAAGAGAAGACUAAAAAAAUAGAUAGACAAGGGAGAAAGAGAUUUUGUGAACAAGGGAAAGGUUUUGGGAAUGUGUAAGAAAACUGUAAGAUUGUAAUUUAGGGAAUGUGUAAGAAAACUGUUGGAGAAGGGUUUUGGGAA